AUGGGUCCGUUUGACUAUGUUGUUCCAAAGGGACCCCGGGCCAUCUAUGAAACCUUGAGUCAGUAUGCCUUCGAAAAGCCUCCGCUUGCUCGUCAGGGUCUCGAGCGGAGUCUCGGAGUUGGGCUUGUCGUGGCCGAAGGUGAGGUUCACCGCCAACAGAGAAAGAUGAUGAGGCCAAUAUUUGGCCUUGGUCGCAACCAGCGCCUUGUGCCGCAGGUCUGGGCCACGGCAACGGUCCUCUGUCAGAAAAUAGAGGAACUUGUUAGUCAGGCGAAUGGAUCGACAAUCGUGGAAGUGCAUUCCCUGACAAUGGCCACGACGUUGGAUGUCAUCGGCGUCACAACACUGGGAUUAGAUUUUGAAUCCAUCCAGCACCCAGAGCGGUCCAUUCUCCAGGCCUAUAAGCUGAUUUAUCCGACGCCUGAGAAUCCAACAACAGUCGACAGGAUUGUGGGAAACAUCUUCGGCACCAUUCUCCCACCCCGCUUGCUUUUCAAAAUUCCUUCCAAGACCAUUCGGGGAUACCAUGCUGGGAUGGCUAAGUUGCGAGACUUCUGCCUCCAACAUAUCCGCAGAAAAAAGCAGGACAUCAAAUCUGGAAGCGCGGGGGAUGUAGAAUUACGAGAGAAAGACAUUCUUUCUGCCAUCAUCACCACCGGCCUGGCAGAUGAGAUUGAACUACUUAGCCAUGUUUUGACAAUCAUGGCAGCAGGACACGACACCACAGCUGUAACCCUAGACUGGGCGCUGUUCAGGCUGGCCAAACAUGCCGAUAUUCAAGACCGUCUAAGGGCAGAAGUUGCGCAGGCAAUUGGUAACCAUGACGCGGCUCCAAGCCUCGACACCCUCAACUCGAUGAAAUACCUCCAUGCCUUCCUUAUGGAGGUCCUCCGGUUUUACCCACCGCUACCCCUAUUGGCACGCUCUGCUGUCGAGGACACCGCCAUUGGCGGCGUACGAAUCCCGCGGGGUCAGGGCGUUCUCAUCAGCCCCUACGCCAUCAACAGGUGCCGUGAGCUCUGGGGUGACGAAGCCGAGGAAUUCGACGUUGGGCGGUGGGAAAGCUCUCACACCGGUGGGGCGGCUUCGCCGUAUGCCUUUUCGACCUUUUCCAUGGGCCCACGUACUUGUAUAGGGAAAGACUUUGCUCUGAUCGCCAUUAAGACAUUGCUGGUCACGCUGCUCCGGCGGUUCCGCUUCGAGGAGGUGGCACCUGGGUGGCAUCCACCAUUUCUGAAAGAUACUACGCUCAAGGCUCGUGGCUUGAAGAUCAUGGUUUCACUUUUGUGA